GCGAGCUUUUUACCCACUAGAGUCACUCGGCGACCAACUCGAAAGAUUAAUGGAACACGACACGCUCUAAAAUCAUGAUCGGAAUAUUUUCAUUUUUAGCCAUUUCUUCGGUUUGUUUCGUUUCUGGGCUUGGAGACAAAGAUAACGUGCCUCCAUUGCAACUAUCCAAAUACUCCCUCAUCCAGCCUCAAGUGGUUCGCCGAUCGAUACGAAGCAUUCAAAGCAUACCUGAAGAAGAUUCGCUUUCAUAUGACAUCAACAUCAACGGCAGCAGACACAGACUCCAUCUAACAAUAAACAGAGACUUUCUACAUCCAAAAUUUCUUCAGCACUCUUACGGCGCUAAAGAUAAAGAUGAGUCUGUGUCUCCCAAACAGGUGCACUGCUAUUAUCAUGGAGAGGUGGAAGGAUAUGAGGACUCAAUGGUCGCCUUAAGCACAUGCUCUGGAUUAAGGGGCGUGAUCUUCUUCCGAAACGAAGGCUAUGGUAUUGAGCCAAUGCGCCAGUCCGACACCAACAUACACUUUCUGUACCGACUGGAGGACGUCCAGUCUGAAGCAGCCACCUGUGGUGUCGUCCAUGACUCAGCUGAAAGCCAUGAACCGUUCAACCAGGGCGAGUCGCUGACCUCGCUUCUGAGGAGGCGGCGGAAUUUACCUCAAACCAGUUUCGUGGAGUUGGUGUUAGUGGUGGACAAUCUCAGAUAUAAAUAUAAAAAAGAAAACGAAGUGGCAGUCCGUGAGGAGAUGGUGGAAAUGGCCAAUCUGCUGGACGGGUAUUACAAGAAAUUGAAUAUCCGCAUCAUGCUGGUGGGGUUGGAGAUAUUUAAGACGAGUAACCCCUUUAGCCUGGAGGGUUCUCCAGGAAAUAUUCUGGGUGCCUUUGUCAAGUGGCGGAAACAGACACUGCUGCCAAAGAUCCGCCAUGAUGUUGCUCAACUCAUUAUUGGCCGGCCCAACUCUUUCCAAGGCGUGUUGGGCAUGGCCUUUGUGGGCACUGUGUGCUCUGCAACCAGCUCAGGAGGUAUUAAUGUGUUUGGAAACGACAACCUUGUAUUCGCAUCCUCUAUUGUGGCUCAUGAGUUGGGCCAUAAUUUGGGUAUGAGUCAUGACAACACUCGCUGCAACUGUGAGGGAAAACCUUGCAUCAUGGCUUCAAGUACCAGCUCUGCCACCACCACUUUCAGCACCUGCAGUGGUCAGGACUUUGAGCGGCUCAUCCAGCGUGGAGGAGGAAUCUGCUUGAAAAAUCAGCCAGAAAUCACAGAUGUUGUUGGUGUUGCGCAAUGUGGCAACGGCAUGUUGGAAGAAGGAGAACAGUGCGAUUGCGGCACACCAAAGGAGUGCAAGAAUAAAUGCUGUAAUGCUGCUACAUGCAAACUCACUCCUGGAUCUGCCUGUGCUCACGGCAGCUGCUGCAACAACUGUCAGGUCCGAGUGGCUGGAACACAAUGCAGGGGUUCAGCAGACACAUGUGACCUCCCUGAGUACUGUAAUGGCACCAGCGCAUUCUGUCCGGACGACUACUACUUGAUGGAUGGUCUUCCUUGCCAAAACGAUGCUGCGUACUGCUACGAGGGUCGAUGUCAAACUUAUGAUUAUCAGUGCAGGCGUCUCUUUGUACCAGAUCCUGCAAAAAAAGCAGCAGAUAUCUGCUUUACUCAUGCUAAUACAAGGGGAAACCUGUUUGGAAAUUGUGGAAUUGACAGCAGCGGGCGAUUCAUCAAAUGCUCUGUGGCCAAUGCCAUGUGUGGAAAAGUGCAGUGCACAAAUGUGGAUGUCAACAAUCCGCCUCCAGAUGCUCACGUCAGUAUCCAGAUUGUGGAUGGGUCGACUUGCGUUAACGCAGACUUUAACCUGGGUCCCGACGUGCUUGACCCCGCCUACGUCAAUCCUGGUAGCCCAUGUGCCAAAGGAAAGACCUGCAUAGACUUCACUUGUGUGAAUGCCUCAGCUCUGCUGCCUAAUUUUAAAUGUGACGCCAAGACCACCUGCAAUGGCAGAGGGGUUUGCAAUGACCAAGGACACUGCCACUGUAAGGAUGGUUGGGCACCACCAUACUGCAAACAACCGGGGCGUGGCGGCAGCAUAGAGAGCGGACCUGCUCAGAUAGAUCAUUCUCUGAGGAAUGGCCUGCUCAUCUUCUUCUUCCUAGUGGUUCCCAUCUUGGUGCUUCUCAUUCUGGUGCUUCUGUUCAUCUUCAAGAGAGACUCUCUGGACCCGUGUCUAAAAAGAGACUUUGCCCAACGUGUAAUAUCCGGAAAUACAAAAAGACAGCCGGAUGUCAGCAAUGUUGAGAAAAGGUCCUCUGCUCCGCAACAUGUUCCUGGCAGAACCGACUAUCCACCAGCUACUGAUGCCCCGAUUUCUGAUUUCAGGUAUGGAGAACUGGAUUACAGGGGGACAGAACCAACGGGUGUCCCCGUGCGGCAACCAAUGCCCCGGCAAGGUCCUGGGGUGCCUCGACCGAUCCCGCCCAAGCAGUUGAACUGAUUUUAUGUUUUUUUUUCGCUCCGUGUAUAAAUUAAAUGUAUUAAUUUGUGAUCAGUUCUUUUAUGAAGAGACCAUUCUUUCAUUAACACAAUGUUGCUCACAUAUUUGGUCAAAUUUGAGAGUGAGCUCUGCUGUGAUAUUGUCGCAUUCCUUUGUACGCACACUCAGAUAUUGACCUGAACAAUUUAUAUCUAAUAUAAAGAUGAAAACAUUUGAAAUGAAUUUGUGAACAGUACUACUAUUAAAACAAUAUUU